CCGUUUAUCUGUCCAUCUAUCGUCAUGAAGUUUCGUCGCCGUGUUUUUCCUCCGACUCUCUCAGCUCUGUUGUCUGGCCGACGGAUGCAGGGAGGUGAGAUGCUGGCGGAAGCGGAGGAGAGAGGAGGAUGGAGAGAGAGAGGAAUCCCUCCUCGCUCUCUCACUCCCACACCUUUUCUGUCCCGCUGUAUCGAUGCGCCGCCGUUUCUCUCUGCAGCAGUUCUGAUCAGCAGGCAGAGUUUCAGAUGUAGAUCUGAUCUCUGUUCGGUUUUCUGCCUCCAGACUCGUUGGAGUUCCUCCUCUCUCCCUCUGGGAAUCGGUUUCUUCACUCCUCUGGUUCAGACUUGAAGGGAAUCCUGUUGAGUUAGUUCCAGCUGAGCUCUGAGUUUCUGUCUCCACCAUGGACUGAACCGGACCUGAACCGGACCUGAACCGGACCUGAACUCUGAAGAUAGUCUUCUAACGUGUCUCCGUCUUCCUCGCAUGCCGCCAUGUUUUCCAGGAUCUUCGUCCCCAAGAAGCACCGGCAGCGUUUCGACGAGGCCGUCUCCCAGAACGUCAUCAACCGGCUCUGCCGCUCCAAGAGCAUCAGCGAGCCGCAGGGCCGCAUGCGCCGCAGCCGCAGCGAGGACCAGUCCGACCGCCGCCACGGCUCCAAGCGGGCCAGCUCCGUGCCCAGGGACGGCGGAGAACCGGAGAGGGAGCGGGGCGCCCGGAAGGCCGGGGGCCCCGCUCACCCCCCGCUGGGGCCCAAACAGAGGGUGAUCCGAGUCUACAGAGGGAAGAAGAGCUUCGGCUUCACGCUGCGAGGCCACGCCCCCGUCUGCAUCGACGCCGUCAUCCCAGACAGCCCUGCUGAUGAGUGUGGGCUGAAACCAGGUGACCGCAUCCUGUUCCUGAACGGCCUGGACAUGAGGAACUGCUCCCAUGAGAAGGUGGUGUCCAUGCUGCAGGGCAGCGGGGCGGUGCCGACCCUGGUGGUGGAGGACGGCCCGUCGGACUUCUCCUCGGACCGGACCGACCCGGAAGAAUCUCCCAGUCUGACUCCUGCCAUGGUUCCUCGCUCCAGGUCCCCGGCUCUCAGCUCGCUGCAGUGGGUGGCAGAGAUCCUCCCUCCCAGCAUUAAGGUUCAGGGUCGGACCUUCAGCCAGCAGCUGGAGCACCUGCUGACCAUCCAGGAGCGCUACACCGUCUGCAAGGCCCUGGAGACUUUCUUCCAGCACAGGAACCUGGACAGCCUGAUAGUGGACGUCUUCCCGGUGCUGGACACUCCAGCCAAGCAGCUGAUCUGGCAGUUCAUCCACCAGCUGCUGACCUACGAGGAGCAGGAGCGCUGCCAGAGCAAGCUGUCUCGCUUCCUGGGCUUCAAGAGCAGCGUGCUGCUGGAUCCUGACGGCGCUCCAGAACACCACAAGCGCAGCAGCUCCAUGCGGGUGACCGGGUCGUCGUACCGCAGCUGCGUCCGGGAGAGGAGCUCUGACGACUGCAUCAUCGGGACUCACCUGGGAAUGGGAAUUCAUGUGGAUGAAUGCGGGAGCCCGGAGGAGAGGCAGUCAGGAGACGGGACCUCCUUCCCCGAGUCCCCGGACCUCAGCCAUAUGACAGGUGUUUACACGGAGCUGGAGAACCUGUACGCAGGGAAGAGCGUGUCGCCCGCAGAGCCUGAGGCAGCGGGGCAGACAGAGGGCUACGGCCGCUCUCUGUCCCCCCUUACUCUGCCCCCCCUCACAGGUAGCAGGAAGUCGGGUCUGUCCCUGUCCUGGAAGGAGCCGCUCCCCUCCGCCGUCUACCAGCUGCAGCACCAGAGCAGCGUGGAGUCCAACCCCUACGUCAGCCUGGAGAGCCCCCCCACCUCGCCGCCACGCCCCGCCAGCGGCACCAACACUCUGAGCCGCCGCAGGAAGUUAUUCACCUUCUCCAGGCCGCCCCGCAGCCGCGACACCGACAAGUUCCUGGACGCCCUGAGCGAGCAGCUGGGGCAUCGGGUCACCCUGGUGGAUGAUAACGACUAUGAGGAGAUGAGCUUCUCAGAGGAAGUGGGCGUGGCCUUCCGUCCGCGGCGCCUUAGUAGCGGCAGCAGCGCGGAGCACAGCAGCAGCGGCGGCGAGGACGCCCCCUCGCCUUCGUCCUCCUCUGGGUCGGAGCCCAUCCCCCCCCCUCCCGACCAGAGCCCCCCGCCCCCGCCGCCUCUCCAGGCGCUGAUCCCGCCCCCCGUCCAGUUCACCGACCCGCUGCCGCCGGCGCGGUUCUCCCCGGAGCGCGCCCCCCGCGGCCGCGCCCCCUUCCAGCCGCAGCACCCCAUCAUCCCCCCGCCGCCGCCGCCCCGCACGCUGCUGGCUGCGCGCUCGCCGCUGCUGAAGCCCACCAGGGAGGAGGUGGAGAAAGCCCGGCAGCGGUUCCGCUCCUCGUCCAGCCGCUUCUCGCAGGGCGCCGCCGCGACCUGCUGCACGCUGCGCGGCCCCCCCCGCAGCACCCACCUCCCCCGCCAGCACAGCCAGCCGCAGCCCGCCCCUAGCGCCUCCCCCCGGCCGCUCCGGCCCAGCCAGCUGGUGCUGCAGCGCCACCAUCAACUGCAUCACCAGCACAGCUACCAGGGCCCGCUGCCCCCCUCCCUGCAGAACCAGAACCAGAACCAAAACUCCUCCCUCCCCACUCACACCGGCAGCUUCGACGCCCCCCCACCGGAGCCGCAGUCCCAGCAGGCUCCGCCUCCUCCGCCCCCUCCGCCCUGUGACCCCCCCCCGCUCCCGGCGGGCCAGCAGUCCGACGCCAACCACAUGAGCGUGAAGCGUCUGCGCUGGGAGCAGGUGGAGAACUCAGAGGGAACCAUCUGGGGUCAGCUCAGAGAAGACUCGGACUAUGAUAAGCUCAGCGACAUGGUGAAGUACUUGGACCUGGACCUGCACUUUGGGACGCAGCGCCGACCCCUUUCUCCUACAGAACCAGCCUUCCUGCCAGAGAACCUGAAGAAGAAAGACGUGGUGGAGAUCCUGUCCCACAAGAAGGCCUACAACGCCUCCAUCCUCAUGGCCCACCUGAAGCUGUCUCCUGACGAGCUGCGCCAGGUUCUGUUGGAUCUGAGCACGGACCGGCUGGAACCGGCCCACAUCAAGCAGCUGCUGCUCUACGCGCCCGACCAGGACGAGGUCCAGCAGUACCAGCGCUUCCAGCAGGACCCGGCCAAACUCAGCGAGCCGGACCAGUUCAUCUUCCAGAUGCUGACGGUUCCGGACUACAAGACCCGGCUGCGCAGCCUCCUGUUCAAAGCCACGCUGCAGGAGCGGGCCGAGGAGAUGAAGGCGGCCUUUGACUAUAUCCACAAGGCGUCGCUGGAGCUGAAGAGCAGCAGGAAGCUGGCCAAGAUACUGGAGUUUGUCCUGGCGAUGGGGAACUACCUGAACAACGGUCAGCCCAAGAGCCACCGAACGACGAGCUUCAAGAUCAACUUCCUGACGGAGUUGAGCACGACGAAGACGGUGGAUGGAAAAUCCACGUUCCUUCACAUCCUGGCCAAGUCGCUGAGUCAGCACUUCCCCGAGCUGCUGAGCUUCCCCAGAGAGCUGCCCACGGUUCCUCUGGCCGCUAAAGUCAACCAGAGGGCCGUCACCUCGGAGCUGAGCGAGCUCCACGCCGCGGCGCAGGACAUCAGGACGGCCUGCCAGACGCUGCCGGCCGACGACCGCUUCGCCUCCGUUAUGAGUAGUUUUCUGGAGAACAGCCACCCGGCCCUGCAGUCCCUGGAGUCGCUCCAGUCCCGGGCCAUGGCCGAGUUCUCCCAGGUGGCGUCGUACUUCGGCGAGGACGGCCGCUCCACCAGCACCGACUCUUUUUUCGGCAUCUUUGCGGAGUUCAUGUCCAAGUUUGAGAGAGCGCUAAGUGAGACCCAGAGUCCUGAGAACCCCCGCAGCCCGCGCCUGUCCUCCCCCCCGGCCUGGUAGGAGCCGCCGGGCCGACCGCGGCGCCAAGACUGGACCGGGCCGACCGCGGCGCCAAGACCGGACCGGGCCGACCGCGGCGCCAAGACCGGACCGGGCCGACCAUGGCGCCAAGACCGGACCGGGCCGACCGCGGCGCCAAGACCGGACCGGAUCAGGCCUUACAUUAGGUGCUGAAACAGACGGAACUUUGCCAUCUCUGUAUGAAGCAGAAUAUUGAUUGUUGUUCUCAAUAAUAAUAUUUAUAAAAAAUAUAAAUAUUAUUAUUAUUGUUGUUAUUAAUAUUAUGAUAUUGUAAAUAUUAAGUUUUAUGUUAAUAUUCGGUUUGUUCUGUUGCUCCAAUAAAUUCAUGUUUUCACUUCUGGAGCUUAUUUUCCAUCAGAUCAGAUUUCAGACCUUCGCAGCCGAAGCAUAGACUUCACCAGAUAGACUGGACCAGUUUUCUGGAGGAGCUGCGGUCCAGAUUAAGUCCAGAUUAAAUCCAGAUUAAGUCCAGAUUAAGUCCAGAUGAUUGUAGAUUUAAUCCGUGCCGAUCAGACGGCGAGUAAAGUGGAUAUUUAUUACGUUAAAUUGCUUUUAUUUUGUAAAGCCGAUAAACGUUUUUCAUCCCUUCAGUCUGUGAUCCGUUCAGAUCCGUUUGGUUUCAGGUUAUUGAUCAUCUUGAGUCCAGAUAUUUGCCGCUGCCUGCUGGGUUACCUGGUAACCAUGGCGACCCGUCCUGCUUGUUGGCUCCGCCCCAAAAUCCGUUUAUUUUCUUAUGAAACUUUUUCUUGUUCUGAGGCUUCAUGAGGCGGCAUGACAUCACUUCCUGUUGGGAUGUGCCGCUGGCUCUAGUUCCAGUAAGGUUCUGUUCUGUGCUUCUCAAAGCUUUUCUGCUUUAAAUAAACUUCAUGUUUUGGA